AUGAGCUGGGGAGGUUUCAAAAAAGCUGUGAACAGGGCAGGCAACAGCGUUAUUAUUAAGGAUGUCGAUAAAGUAAACGACCGGGAGUUCGACCUACAGGAGAGAAGGUUCCGCGUGCUGGAGAGUGCAGGGGUAGAACUCCAAAAGGAAUCGAGAAGUUACCUAAGUUCACUUCGAGUUAUGGCUGCAGCACAAGUUACAGUUGCAGAAUCAAUAGCUAGUUUAUACGAGGGGACAAAUUACGACGGUGUCCGCAAACAGGACACGACGAAUGUUGCGAAUUACUACCUACAAUGUGUCCAGGAUUUUGAAACGGAUGUAGUGAAAAGACUGGAUGAGCCUCUUUCUCAGACGGUCAUAGACCCUGUUACAAAAUUUGCAAUGUAUUUUACAGAGAUCGAUGAAGCUAUCAAGAAACGGGACCACAAACAGAAGGAUUACGUGGCGUGCAAGGCUAAAGUCCGGAAGUCGAUUGAUAAACCGCUGAAGGAUACUACAAAACUCCCCAGACUUGAGAAGGAGCUUCAAGUUGCCAGGGAGAUAUAUGACGGAUUAAAUGAGCAACUGAAAGUGGAACUGCCGCAGUUGAUUGCACUGCGAUGCCCAUACUACGACCCAAGUUUCGAAGCGUUAAUCAAGAUACAGACCAGGUUCUGCACGGAGGGGUAUUCCCGACUGUCUCAAAUUCAACGGUACAUCGACCCGAAACAGAGAGACGCGUAUUCCAAUGGAGUGUUAGAUGGGGAAGUCGGACGCCUGUUGGCCCAGAUGCAAGACCUGGAUAUAUAUAAGCUGGGAUUGAAAUGA